AUGUCUGGUCGUGGAAAAGGUGGAAAGGGUCUUGGAAAAGGCGGCGCCAAGAGGCAUCGGAAAGUGCUCCGCGAUAACAUCCAAGGCAUCACCAAGCCUGCUAUACGCCGUCUGGCUCGCCGUGGUGGCGUGAAGCGUAUUUCGGGCUUGAUUUACGAAGAGACUCGCGGUGUGCUGAAGGUCUUUUUAGAGAAUGUUAUUCGGGAUGCUGUGACCUACACCGAGCACGCGAAGCGAAAGACUGUAACUGCUAUGGAUGUUGUGUAUGCUUUGAAACGCCAAGGACGCACUCUGUACGGUUUUGGUGGAUAAGUGUAUACAUUUCAUCUUUACUGAUCUAAAAAGGCCCUUAUCAGGGCCACCCACGCAUUCAUAAAAAGAGCUGUGUUCGCUUAUGGAUACAACUGUGAAUGUUGAAUGGAUUUGAUUUGUUGGAUGUAAAUUGUAAAGUACUGGAAGGAACAUAUUAAUACACGAUGGCAAAAAAGUGUUAAUCGGGAAACGAAGUAUC